AUGAGCGAAACAUCUCAGCAGCAGCUCCCGCUGCAAAUUUUCACUAACGAUAACACCACUAUUGUCAACUCGGUCAACGACCAUAGCAAACCACUAUCGAAAUCAAAAGAUAGCGAUUCAACAGCCACUGUUCAACUUAACACCUUCAAAGACCAGCAGUCGAACAAUCUGCCGCACAAGAAGCUCAUGCAAGUAUUCCCACUCUUAGCUCUAGCACAGUUUACGGCAUACCUAGAUCAGACGUCUAUCUCAGCAGCCGUGCCCAGCAUCGGGGAAGCGCUAAACCUCGGCCCUCAGCUAUCAUGGGUAGCAACGUCCUACCUCAUGGCAACGACGGCCGUGCAGCUACUCAAUGGACGACUCAGCGACAUUUUCGGCCGCAAGCAGUUGCUGUUGACGUCGCUUGGCAUCCUUGCAACGGGUAACUUGAUAUGCGGGUUUUCAAACACUCCAGCCAUGUUGUUUACUUUCCGUGUUGUAUCUGGGCUUGGGGUGGUGCCAUUCCAAAUCAUUGCCAGCGAUGUUACGACGCUACAACAGCGAGGCAAGUACAAUGGCUUCAUCGGUCUAGCGGUCGCUUUUGGAAGUGGAUUGGGGCCUUUGCUUGGUGGUGCCAUGGCGACCAAGGUUUCUUGGAGGUGGACCCUCUGGUAUGAUGUACCAUGGCUAGUUAUCUUGUCUAUUAUGCUCUUCACGGUGCUUCCAAGCAGCAAAAUGGCUUCUGGCACCAGGUCGAAACUUGGUAUGAUUGAUUGGAUCGGUGUUGCUAUGAGCGUUGCUGCUAUUGUUCUAUUGUUGGUACCUUUGUCUCAAGGUGGCUCGACCUUUGCGUGGAACAGCUCCCUUGUCAUCGCUAUGCUCGCGAUCGGAGCCGUCACUUUUGCUGUCUUCUUGGCUGUGGAGUGGAAGGUGGCUAAAUUGCCCAUAAUGCCUAUACACCUCUUCCGGAACGGUCUAUCAUGCAACAUUCUUCUCGUCCAAAAUGUCCUUUACGGCAUCGUCUUCUGGGGCAACCUCUUUUACAUGCCCAUCUACUUAGUCAAUGUCCGUGGCUACACAGCUAUUAUGGCAGGUGCUAUUAUUAUGCCUAUGGCAGGAUCUCAAGGGCUGGGCUCCAUCUUAUCAGGUCUUAUCAUUUCACACACAAAGCGCUAUAAUCCCGUGAUGGUCUUGGGACAAUGGGUAUGGGCUCUACUCCUCAUCCCACAGGCCUUCUACUCACGCACCACACCCAUCUGGGCCAUCUGUGUCGUAGGUUUCUUCCAGGGCCUAGGUACAGGCUUCUGCUUCCAGCCAAGUCUUGUAGCCCUCCUGGCACACUCACGCCGCGCGGACCGCGCCGUGCUCAACUCGUUGCGCAACUUCCUGCGCACUAUGGGAGGUACGCUAGGACUGACGCUGGCAAGUACUAUCUUGAACAACGUACUCAAGACGCGCCUGCGAGGCGUGGUAAGCUCAUCCGUCGCCGAAACAUUGACGACUUCUAUUAAUCAACUUGACUCGCUGGGUCUGUCGGCUGCACAGCACAACGCUGUCCUGGACGCUUAUAUGGCUAGUGUACGUACCGUCUUCAUAUUGUACGCGCCACUGAUCGGAGCUUGUGCUUUGGCUGCGUUGCUUGUUAGCGAUAAUGGACUUGAGGAGAAGGAUACGAGUGUGACCCUGUCUCCCAGCACUCCAGCGCUAAGAUCUUAA